UCGUGUGCGGCACAUGUGUCCAGAUGUUGCGUGGCUGUGGCUGACCUGCAGAACACGACGUCAGACCAACGUGCGCUCAGCAGCGCAGGAGACACCAGAGCUUCACUCCCUCCUCUGUUUCCUACACGCAACUCCAAGCCGCCUCCAUCCACGACCUCCAACUUUCUCCUUGUCUCCUUUCCCCCAAUCUUUGUCUUCAAGGCGUCAACAACUCAUUUUGUGCUUUUGAUUUAUUCGUUUUUUAUUUUUAUUUUUUUAUUUUUUUAUUUUUACCGCCUCCUUGAGUCAUUAUCCAGGAGCGCGGACUCGGUGGAGGAUCAAUGGAGACGCGCGCGUCGUCUCAUCAUCACCUUCUCUAAGGUGUUUUCUUUUUUCCUUUUUUAUUUAUUUUUGCUCCUUUUUGCGCAUCAAUCACCUGGAUCGUCGUCGGCUUGAGGAUGAUGACAAGCAGGUAGUAAAAAAAAAAAAAAAAAAAAAAAAAAUACAGACUACAAUAACACCACCAGCAGCAGCAGCAGCAGGCCCAUAGAGACUGGAUAUGGAGUCCAUGAAGACCAAGGCCACGGCGGGAAUGAAGGACCUGGCGGGAAAGACCUUGGGUCACUUGCACAGGGUGAUGGAGAAGAGACAGAAGGGCGGGGAAGUCAUCGAGCUGACGGAGGACGGGCGUCCCCGGGAGGCCGCGGAGAGGAAGCCGCCGCUGUGCGACUGCAAGUGCUUCGGCCUGCCGCGCCGCUACAUCAUCGCCAUCAUGAGCGGCCUGGGCUUCUGCAUCUCCUUCGGCAUCAGGUGUAACCUGGGCGUGGCCAUCGUGGGCAUGGUCAACAACAGCACCGUCCACCAGAACGGAAAGAUCAUCAUCAAGGAGAAAGCCAAGUUCAACUGGGAUCCAGAGACGGUGGGGAUGAUUCAUGGCUCCUUUUUCUGGGGUUACAUUGUGACUCAAAUCCCAGGAGGAUACAUCUCCUCCAGGCUGGCUGCAAACAGGGUGUUUGGUGCAGCCAUCGUCCUCACGUCAACACUCAACAUGUUCAUUCCCUCGGCUGCCCGAGUCCAUUAUGGCUGCGUGAUUUUCGUUAGGAUAUUACAAGGGCUGGUGGAGGGAGUCACCUACCCAGCCUGUCAUGGUAUCUGGAGUAAAUGGGCUCCUCCACUUGAAAGGAGUCGUCUGGCCACCAUCUCCUUCUGUGGCUCUUAUGCUGGUGCUGUGAUUGCAAUGCCUAUGGCUGGGAUCCUGGUUCAGUAUUCAGGCUGGUCUUCAGUGUUUUACGUCUAUGGAUGUGUCGGCAUCUUUUGGUACAUGUUCUGGAUAUUGGUGUCCUAUGAGAGCCCUGCUGAACACCCUACCAUCACUGACGAGGAGCGCUGCUACAUUGAGGAAAGCAUUGGAGAGAGUGCCAAUCUAAUGGGUCCUGCUGAGAAAUACAAGACACCCUGGAGAAAGUUCUUCACUUCGAUGCCCGUCUAUGCAAUAAUCGUGGCCAACUUCUGCAGGAGCUGGACAUUUUACCUGCUACUCAUCAGCCAGCCUGCCUACUUUGAAGAAGUGUUUGGCUUUGAGAUCAGCAAGGUUGGCAUUGUGUCUGCACUGCCCCAUCUGGUGAUGACCAUCAUCGUGCCCUUUGGCGGCCAGCUGGCGGACUACCUGCGCAGCAAUAACAUCCUGUCAACAACAACAGUCAGAAAAAUCAUGAACUGUGGAGGAUUUGGCAUGGAGGCUACGCUGCUGCUGGUGGUAGGAUACUCCCACAGCAAAGGGGUGGCCAUAUCCUUUCUGGUGCUGGCAGUGGGCUUCAGCGGAUUUGCUAUAUCAGGCUUUAAUGUCAACCAUCUGGAUAUCGCCCCGCGCUAUGCCAGUAUCCUCAUGGGCAUUUCCAAUGGAGUGGGUACCCUCUCUGGCAUGGUGUGUCCUCUGAUUGUUGGUGCUAUGACGAAAAACAAGACGCGAGAAGAGUGGCAGUACGUGUUCCUAAUCGCCUCCAUGGUGCACUACGGGGGUGUGAUAUUCUACGGCAUCUUCGCAUCGGGGGAGAAACAGCCAUGGGCCGACCCCGAGCUGACCAGCGAAGAGAAGUGUGGCUUCAUCGACGAGGACGAGCUGGCAGAGGAGACGGGCGACAUCACACAGAGUUACGUCGCUCAGGGAGGGCCCGCCAAGUCGUACGGCGCCACCACGCAGGUCAACGGAGGCUGGGCCGCCAGCUGGGAGAAGACGGAGGAGUACGUGCAGGAGGAGUCCCAGGGAGGAGGCUACGGAUACAGGCAGGAGGAGGGAUACUCGUAGACCAAACACACACACCGAUACAUGUGUACACUUCUUGAGCGUGCGUCGAUAUAGUCCAAUAUAAUAUCAUCGAAAUAGAAAUAUUUAAAAAAAAGAAAAAUCUCAAUCUAUUGUUGUAAUUGCACAAGAAGUAUAAUGUAUAAAAAAAACUAAAAUAGCCUAUUUGAUUAAAAAGAUGUGAGGCACAUCAAAUUGGCAGUAAAUGUAUUACUACGCAUAUGGAUAAUAGAUAUAAUUAUUUUGAGUGAAACUGUCUUUUAAUGUGAAAAUCCUCAUCAGCAAAGGCUUCCCAAAGAACGAGUGAAGCCUGUGUAGGGUCCCCAUCAUUAGUCACAUGACCUGCUACUGGUUAGAGUACAUAAAGCUGCCACUCAGACAUCAGCGUUUAUAAACGUACCACUGCACAGCAUCGUAAACCGUUGACCGAUUGUACCGUAUCGCUCCUAAAAGCACACUUUUUUUGGUUCCUCACUGGUCAUUUUGAAUUAAGGUGUCUCUUUCUGAUGUUUGCUGUGUGCGCUCCAUGUCAGAUCUCAGCGCUGUAGUGCAAGAGUUGUUUUUGUUACCGCAAAAAUGGUUGACUUUAAAUAAUGAGCACAUCUGGAAUUAUGAAACGAAUGAGAUAAUUAUGUGUUUACAGCAUUUUAUUGUCCAAAAGAAUUGGUGUGAUUAAAAAAAACAAAACAAAAAAAACAAAAAAACAUUGAAGGGUGUGUGUGCAAUGCAGAGACAAAAUUAGCCAAAUCGUAUAACAGUAUCAAUAUAUUAGCGCAGCACAAUUAUAUGGAAAUAGAGAAUGCACAUAACUUAAAGCACAUUUGUUAAUAUAAAUAUGUUACUAUAUUACCAGAGGAUGUAGCGAAUGGAUAAUAUAUACAGUGGUACCUUGGUUUUUCAUUAGUAAUCAGUUCCAAAAGGUAUAACAAAAAAUGUAUUCCACAAAAACAGAAAUAGUUUUUGUGAUAAGAAAUAAUGUCAAUCUAAUUACUCCCCAACAAUACUGACAUAAAACUAAUCCUACAGCGAAUAAUUAUCGCUUUUACAAGCAGAAAUCAAUGCGAAAUAUGUAUAAAUGAUAAAUAAAUAUUUAAUAUCACUUUUACCUUUAAUUAUAGACUCUUGUAGGCCAAGAUGGCGUAAACCAGAGAUGUCAAACUCAUUUUAGAUCGGGGGCCACAUGGAGAAAAAUCUACUCCCAAGUGGGCAGGAGUGGUAAAAUCACAGCACGAUAACUUAAAAAUAAAUACAACUUCAGAUUGUUUUCGUUGCUUAAAAAUAGAACGAGCACAUUCUGAAAUUGUACAAAUCUUUUUUUUUUUUUAAUAUAAUUACCUAUUGCGGUUAAUAGUAUAUAUACUUUAUUUGUCGUUAUUUAUAUUUUCC